GUGAAGAAAGUAAUGAAUGUUUGAAAUUAAACGUACCUUCGAUAGAACGUUAAGAGUUUAUCAAAAAAACAUAUUAAUUUUAACUGCAAUUAUUUUCACAAAUUGCAAUUAUUUUAAGUAAAUAAUUACUUUUUUUUAUAAAUCAUGAAAGUAUGGAUUGAAAUUUUAUUGGAAUGGCUAAAUUCUUUAGAUGUAUCAGAAACAAUUAUUAAAGAUUUAAAAGAUUUAAAUAAUGGAAAAUUUUAUAAAAAAUUAAUAGAAUUAUUUCAAUGGAAAGGUAUUAAAAAUUGUUUAGAUACAGAAAAUAUCAUAAUAAAAUUUUUACAAGAUGAAUAUCCAAAAUAUAACUUUGAUGAUAAAAAUUUGGAUGAAAUGGAACACAUCUAUAUUGCAUCAUUAUUUUUAUUACAUGUAUCUCAAGAACCAUUAUUUUAUCAUCCAAUGUGUAUUAAUUUGCAACAUGAAACACAACUUAAAAUUAAAUCAUUUCUUGAAAUGAUUAUUCCAUAUGGAAAAAAUAUAAAUAGAGAAAUAUUAAGAGAAAUAAUUACUGAAGUAGAAACUGAUAUACCAAAAACACCAGUAACACUAAAAAAAAAAACUCUUAAGGAUUUUUUUAAUUCUCCUGUAACAUGGUCUGCUCAAACUCAUAAAUUAUUAAAUGAAAAGAAUAAAGAAUUGAGAAUGUUGAAAACUGAAUUAGAAGUAGAAAGAUUUGAAAAAGCUGAUUUACAAGAGGAUUUACGAAUUCAACAGAACAAAGUACAAAAUCUGCAAAAAAAAUUAGAAGAAAAGAUUGUGGAAAUAAAAGCAUUAAAAGAAGAAAAAAUUAAACCAAAUACACCACAAUCUUGUAAAAAGAAUAAAGAUAUAAUUGAUUAUAAUAAACAAUAUUAUAAAAAAGAAAUAGAUCAUUUAGAAGAUCAAUUAAUGCAAAAACAAUGUGAUAUUGAUAAACUUGAAGCAAAUAAUGAUACUUUAACAAAAAAAUUAGCAUGCAUAGAAAUGCAAUGUAUAUAUUUUAAAGAAAAAGUAGAAAAUUGUGAAAAAUCUUUAGAAAAUUUACAAAUUCAAGGAGAAAUUAAAGACAGAGAAUUGAUAAAUUUAAGAAUGACUAAUGAAGAACUACGUAUUCAUUUAAAAGAACUUAGUAAAACAGCAUUUGAAGAACAAAGUUUUGAAAUAGAUGGAAUAGCACCUUUGCAGUCAUCUUCAACAUCUUUAAAUACUAGUGAAGUUUUAAGUUCUGUAAUUGAUAUUCAAUUACAAGAAGCAAAAGAAGAAUCUAUUUCAUUAAAGGCACAACUAGAUGCAGUAAAUGAAAAAUUGGAAUCCAUAACUCAAGAAUAUGAAGGUACAAUACAAUUUUUAAAAGAAGAGAUGCAAAUACUACAAAAUAAAGAAAUCAAAUUAAAUACAGUUAUAAAAAAAUUGAAUAAUGAAAUUGAGAUUUUACAAAAAGAAAAAGAAACUUUAAUAAAUCAAAAUAAAAAUUUAGAGAUAGUAUGUAAUUCUCAAAAUGAAUCAUUGUCACAUGCUGAAAAAUUUAAAAACAUAUCAAUUAUGGAAAUAAAUACUUUGAAAGAAAAAAUAAAAGAUUUAGAAGAAUCUUUAAACAAUGAAAAUAUAAAUAAUAUUAAAUUACAUACUGAACUUACACAACAUAAAUCACAAAUACAUGAAAAUCAUGAAUAUAUUCAAAAUUUAAAAGAACAAAAUAGUUUAUAUAAAACUUCUAUGGAUUUAUAUAAUGCAAAUUUGAAAGAAAUUAUAUUUCAUAAUUCAGAAACUAAUUGCAUGGAAAAUAAUUUAAAUGAUAAAACAAUUAUUGAACUUAUAAAACAUGUACAAAUGUUAAUAUGUAAUUUUAAUAAAAAAUAUACUUUGAAACAAAUAGAAGUAGAAACAUUAAAUAAUACAAUAGCAGAGAUUAAAUUAAAGCUUGAAAAUUCUCAAUCAUUAAUAUCUACAUUAAAACAAAAAGAUGAACAAAAUAUUAUAGAAAUAUCAAAAUUAAACAAAACUAUCAUAGAUAAUACAACAAAAAUUAAUGAAUUUACUAACAUUAUAGAAAAAUAUUCCAAAGAAAUUUCAUGUUUAAAAGAUAUUGAAUUCCAGAAACAAGUUUUAGAGAAAGAUUUAUAUAUAUAUAAAGAAAAAGUAGAUAAAAAAAAUGCAUUAUUAAAAGCUUUUGUAAUAUGUAUAAAAUCUUUGAAAACAAAUAUCCAAACUCUUGAAACAGAAUUUUAUUCAAUGAAAGCAGAUGUGUUAAAUCAAAUAAAUGAAUACCAAAAAUACAAUAAAGAAACAAAUAAAAAUAUUUUAAAUGCUUAUAAAAUAUUAUAUACUAAUUUUACUAAAGAACAAUUUUGCAAAUGUCAAUUGAAAAAUGAACUUACUGAUAAUAAAAAAAUAUUAGAAGAUUAUAAAAAUGUUAAUAAUAUAUUAGAAAAUGAUUUAGUAAAUCAUAAGCAAAUGAUAAAUCAUUUGGAGACAGAAUUAAUAUGUACUAAACAAAAAUUAACACAAUCUAUACAAAAUUUAGAAAAAUUUGAAGAAACAAAAGAGGCAUUUCAAAAUCAAUAUAAAAAUCUUAAAUCUGAAAAUGAAAAAAAUUUAUGUGAUUUAAAUAAUAUAAAUGAUAAGUUUAGAAAAUCUCAGCAAGAAGUAUGUAAUAUAUCAGAUCAAUUAAAAUUUAAAGAUAAAAGAAUUCAGAAUUUAAUUGAAGAAAUUACUUCUUUAAAAUUAGAAAAAGAACACAUAAUACAUUUACAGAUGGAAGAAGAAACUAAGAUGAAAAAUUUUAUAAAGGAACUGGAAACAAAAUUACUAAAAAAUCAAUGUCAUUUAGAUCAAUUAAAUGUAGAAAUGAAAUUAAAACAAGAAACAUUAGAAUUUGUGCAAAAUGAAUUUGAAAAUUUAUCAAAAGAAACAAUUGCAUCUAAAAUAAAAUUAAAAGAAAUAAUUAUAAAUCUGCAGGAAGUAAGAAGCAAUCAAGAUGCAGUUUUAAAAACACAAGAGAAAACUUUGAAAGAAAAAUGUUUACAAUUAGAACAAUUACAAAAAGAAUUCAAUGAUUCAAAGGGAAUAGUUUAUAAACAAUUUGAAAAUAAAAAAUUGUUAUGCCAAAGUCUUCAAGCUGCAAAUUUUGAAUUACAAACAGAAUUUUAUAAACAAACAAAAACGAUAGAAGAAUUGCAACAAGUAAUAAAAAAAGAAAGAGAUGAGCUUAAUAAAAAUAAAGAAUAUUGUAAAAUUGAAGAUAUAAAAAAAUUAAAAAUUAUACAAGAUUGUGAAAAAUUACAACAUUCCAUAAAUGAUUUAAAAUCAAUAAUUGCAGAAGUAAAUAUAAAGAAUGAAAAUUUUUAUACUGAUACUACAUAUAAUAUACAAAAUAUAAAUAAUGAUGAUAACAUUGAAAAUAUUUUAAAAAUUAUAAAAACAUCCAUUAAUGAAAUACAGACAUCACGUAAAUUAAUUUUAUUGCUUUCAGACGAAAAUACAAACUUAAAUAAAACUUUAAAAAAUCAAAAAGUAAUUGUAGAUAAUUAUGUUACAAAAUGUGAAGAAAUCAAAUUGUUAAAAACUAAAAUUCAAGAACUAACUAAUUUACAAGAAAAAUAUGAGGAAUAUGUAAAUAAUUUUAUCGAGAAUAAGAAAUCAUUAAAAGAUUCUUUAAAAAGUAUUAUAAAAUCAAGAGAAGAUCUGGAUAUAUCUUUAAAUGAAUUAAAACAAAAAUGGGAUAAUAUAUUAAUAAAAUCUAAUAAUGUUUUUAUAAUAGAUAAUUUUGUGUGUGAUGAAUUAAAACAUAUACAAAACAAAAAAGUAUAUCUAGAAAAUAUAUUAUUUAAACAUCAUAUUUAUCAUUUUCAAAAUAUAAAACCUUUACAAAAUAUUUUAUGGGAUUCAUUUUUAUGGUCUAAACAAAAAAUAGAAGAUAUUUAUUUAAAAACAAAAAGUGAACAAAUAGGAGAUAUUUCAUCAAAUAUUUUCUCUAAUGAAAAAACAAUAAUAGAAGUAGAAUUACAUAAAAAUAAAACAUUGCAAAAAGAUAUUGUUCAAUUACAGAAUGAAAUAGAUGAUUUUUCAAAAUUAGUUAUUUCUUUUGAAAGUAAUUUUAAAUUUAAUGAAAUAAAAUUCCAAUCUGAAUCAGAGAAAAAAUUACAAUUGGAAAUUAAUAAAUUAAAAGAAGAUAAAAGUAAUUUAGAAAAUAAAUUAGAUUGUACAUGCAUAAAAAAUGCAAAAUUGGAAGACAAUAUUGAUGAACUUAGCAUUAAAAUACAAGAAAUGAAAAUAUCAUUAAAGGAAGUAGAAGAGAUAAAUAAAGAAUUAAUACAAUUAAAAGAACAAAAUUCAAAAUUACAAGAAGAAAAGAAUGAAUUAUGCAAGCGACCAAAAAAAGAGGAUAUUGAUAAUCAAUUAAAAGAUAUUCAUGAUAAAUAUAAAAUUAAAGUAGAUGAAAUUAAACAAAAUAUGAAAACAGCAUAUAACGAACAAAUAACAAAGCUAAAUAAAGAACAAGAACAAUGCAUACAAGAAAGAUUAGAGUUAUUACAAAAAAAAAUGGAAUUACAAUGUCGCAAACAAGCAGAUGAAUUAAAUAAGUACAAAGCUCAUGUUGCUAACAUGAGUUCACAGCUUUGGAAUGUUGGAGAGAAAUUAUUAAAUGAACAACAAGAAAAGGAAAAAUUACAAAAGAAAUUAACUGAAUUGAAAACUAAAUAUCAAGAUUUGGAUCAAAAACUCGUUUCUUUAAAAGAAUAUAAAAAUUUAAAAUGUGAAAAAAAAGAUUUAUUAGAAGAAAAUAAAGAUGUUUUACAUAAAAUUUCAAUAAUAGAAGAAAAAACAACAUAUGAAAGAAAAUAUAUUAGGAAUAUACAAACAAUGGGUAAUGUAUUUAAUGCAGAGGAUGAAGAAGGAGAAGUAUUUGAUAAUAUUUAUUUAGCUGAUAUAAAAGAUGAUAAUUCUUCAUGUGGCAUUGAUACAGAUAGAUUAUCUAUUUUGAAAAAAAGAAAUGCUCUUUGUAAACCUCAUUUAAAAUCAUCUUAUCCAGCAGAAAUGCAAUUUCAUCCUCUACCAUUUACAGAAGAAGAAAUUAAAUCAGGUUCAGUCCCAGAUGAAAUAUUUAAUGAUAGUUUAAGUCAAAGUUUACUUCCUGAACAAAAAACUAAGAAAAAAGAUAGAACACAGACAUCGUAUAAAAAACCUGGUCCUCCAACUCCUAGUAAAAAUGGAGGGAGAUUAUCAUUACAGGGUAAUGAAUUAAGAAGUCCAAGUUCAAGAAUAUUAAGAGAAAGAAACAAAGAUAGAGCAACGACUACGCCACGCACAUUGAAAAAUUUAUUCCUUUCACGACGUCAAGAUGAAAAUGUCAUUGUUACACCAAGAGGUCGUAGAAGAAGUAGCAUUUUUCGUAAAUAUCGUAAUGUAAAUGAUAGAUAAGUAAUCAUAUAUGUAAUAUAAAAUAUUUACUAACAAUAAUUAAUAUUAAUUGUAAAAAAAUGUAUUUUCUUUACACUUUUCACAUCAAAUUAUAUAAUAAUUGCAUA